ACAAUAGAAACAGAAUUAUUUGAUCAAGCUACAAGGAACUCGCAAGAAAAUCAAGAUCCGAUAUAUGAAGUCCUCUCUCAUAUAGAUAUAGAAAAUUGGGAAGAAGAAAUUGUUAAAGAAAAU